AUGAAAGAAAAGAAAACCUGUCAUUCAUCAGUUCUUUCUCGGUAUUUCCUUUUUACUUUCUUAAGUGUAGGGGAUGGACACCUGCAACGGAGCAUAUUGAAGAAUUACUUAACCCAGUAUUCACUACUAAAGGAACAUGAUGUGGUAAAAAUGAAUCGUCUUCGUCAAAUGUCUUUACCAGCAACAAAUUCUCAGGUGGUAAUCUUCAUUGUACGACCAAAGCUUCAACUGAUGGAACAAGUGGUCCAAACUGUACUUCAAGAAAAACAAAAAGGAGGCUACCAUAAAGAUUUCAACAUCAUUUUUGUUCCUUGCAAAAGUCUCCUUUGUGAGAAAAAAUUGAAGGAAAUGGGUAUCUAUGGUACAUUUACAAAUAUUGAAGAAUUUAAUAUGGAAUUGAUUCCUUUUGAUUAUGAUCUUCUUUCAAUGGAAAUGGAUUCUUCAUUCAGAGAAUGUUAUUUGGAAAAUGAUUACACAUCGCUAUUCUAUGCUGCAAGAUCAUUAAUGACUUUGCAAGGCCUUUACGGGAUCAUUCCAAAUCUCUAUGGGAAAGGUGACUGUGCAAAGCAUCUAAUUGACAUGAUGUUGCGUAUGCGUAGAGAACUUGGUGGCAGGGAGCCACAGUUGACUCCACAAAUUGACAACCUACUUGUUAUUGAUCGUAAUGUUGAUCUGCUGACUCCAAUGCUUUCACAGUUAACUUAUGAGGGACUCAUUGAUGAAAUAUUUAACAUCAGUUGCACCAAUGUGAAACUUCCAGCUGAAAAAUUUAUGACCAAAGAACAGCAGCAAAGAGAAGCUAUGCCUGAUGCAGCCCAAGAACCAAAAAACAUUGUUCUCAAUUCUUCAGAUGAAUUAUUUGCAGAUCUUCGAGACAAGAACAUUGAUGCUGUCAAUGCUCUGGUGUGCAAGAAGCUGAAAUUGUUAUCAGCUGAAUUUGAUGAACGACAUUCUGCCAACACUGUGGGUGAACUGAAACAGUUUGUAUCGAAAUUGCCACAUUUAACAGCAGUUCGACAAGCCGUAGCUAAACAUCUUACUAUUGUUGAGCUGAUCAAGAAUGCUAUUAAUACAGAUGGUUUUAUUGACUGCCACCAGACUGAAAAUGGUGAGAACGAUUUUUUUUCUAUUUUCUUUUUACCAGCAUGA